UGUACCAAUUGCUAAUUAAUAUUUGUAAUCUACCACAAAUUUACACAAGCCGACAAUCGUGUCGCCCUCGCAUCGUGGCCUCCAAGCCGGCGCCGCGGAGAGUGCGCGCGCGCCGCCCGCCCAGUCGCCAGCCGCCCGCCCCAACGAACGCACCAUACCGCAGCAGAUACGGAGGAUCCACGUCGUCAUCACCUCAUGGACCCGGGUUGAUCUUAACGCAACAUGUCUUUUCGAAAUUAUUCAUUUGAUUCGUCGUCAUACGGGCGGAACACCGCUAGAGCGAGCACGAGCUCCACUGACCGGCCCACAUCCGUCACCGCCAAAUAUCUCAACACGACACCUUCUUUUAAAACCUCGAGCAUCCCCAUCCCCAGCACCGAACGUGCCAGAGAUGAAACUCCCAUUUCCGCAAUCGCCAGCCGCUAUGCCAGCUACAGCACCAAGACUGAAAAAGAUAAACCUCCCCCGCCUGCCCCCGCUGUUUCCAAAUAUGAGAGGAAGGAUUACAAACUCUCUGUGCCACCAGCUGCAACCACCAGGAGUAGAGAUGUCAGCCCCGUGUCAACGAAAUACGGCCUCACGCGACCCUCCAGACAUUUGAGCCCUGAAAGAAAAACUAAAUCAUAUAAAGAUUUGAAAAGCAGAGACCCCAGUCCUUCGGACCGCGACAAAGACAUUCCAAGCAAGACUGACAAGUCUUCAGGCUACAAUAGCCUGUCGAGUUACAAAUUGUAUCCACGUCCUACACCAACUUAUACACGACCCUCAUCAAGGGCGGAAACGAAGCAAGAAUCUUCCUACAGUAGGCCCUCUUCUAGGGCUGAAAUAAAACCCGAUGCUUUAUAUACCAGACCGUCGUCUAGAACAGAAAUCAAACCUGAUACUAGUUAUACACGUCCUUCUUCAAGAACUGAGACGAAACUAGAUACCACGACAUCCUACACAAGACCUUCAUCUAGAACAGACACAAAAUCGGAUGUUACAGUAAAUAGAUAUGGAAUUUCUAAUCGGUUAUCUAAUAAUUAUUUGAGAAGUCCUCCUACAGUGAAAAGAACAUCUGUUUCGCCUGUAAACCACACUGAAAACCUUAAAACAGAACCAGAGAAGAAAUCAGUGUCACCUUGUACGGUUAUAAAAGAAGAAUCUCUAAAAAAUGAAGUAGAUGAAAAUAAUAAAGAUAUUCUAGGAAAUGGUUCACACAAUGCAGAAGAAGAAGAUUGUGAAAUGGAAACUGUUACCGUUAUAACACGACAUACAUCACCUACGCCACCUGGGUCUUCGGUUUAUGUAAGAACGAGGAGAGCAGACAUGGCAAAAACUAUAGAAAAGACUAGAACUCGAAAAAAGAAACGACCAGAAAUGGUAGACAGAGAAAUACAAUCAGAUCGAUUGGAUGAUCCUACUCGUUCCAGCAGAUUUGGUAGCACUGCUCGUGCCAGCACUUUAACAAAUUGGUCUUUAUACACGCCUAGUGCUACUAGUUACACGGGCUAUGCAGGUCGUUACUCUACACAACACUCUAGUCUUCGGGAUAAUUCGACAAAUAACUCCUAUAAUGAUCGAAGUAGUCGAAGUGUGAGCACAGAACCGCACCCAAGAGACAUAGAAUCUAGCAGUCCCUCUAUAGAGAAAAAACUUACGUCUCCUCCUAAUGUAAUUGAAUCUAAUCAAGACAUCACACUAUAUGGACAAAAUAAAGAUGAUGAAACAUCGGAAAUUAUUAUUAACGUAAAUCUAAAGUUGAAAAGAGCAAAAAGUCCUUUAGCAGUAGCCUCUGCUGAAUUGGUAUCACCUGAAAUCACAAUAACUAAUAGUCAAUUACCACCACAAGUACCUAAAAAUGAAAGCGCAAGUAAACCGAAAAAAGUUAAAGUGCGUAAAACUAGUUCAGAUUCAUCUACAGAUUCGUCCACAAAGAAGAAAGUUAUAAAACGCAAAAGUAAAUCAGGUAGUUCAUCAGACUCCGACCAAACUUCAGAAACAGUAGACAAAUCAAAAGAAAAUAAAUCGGUUUCACCUCCAAAAGGUAUUCAAAAAACUCCAUCAAGUAGUAAUAUAUCUAAUGGACAUAUGAGAUUAAAACAUUCCAAAUCACGCGAAAGCAAUAGUCCUGAAUCUAGUAUCACUUUAUCUACACAGUCUUCGCUUAGUGAAGAAGAUAUGACGCCGAAAUCUAAAACUAAUGAAGUCUCCAGAACAUCUGCGGACGAAGUAUCGAUUCCUACCGACCGAUCCGCAAAACAACAAUCUCCAGUAUCUCACAAAAACGAAGGCGCCGCUGAAGAAGCAAAAUCAUUUUUGAUUAGAGCCCUAGCACCUGUCACUAGCUUAUUUAAACGUCAUCAGGAUAGCAAUGACAGCCGUUGGCUAGAAACUUCGACUUCAGAAUCAACAGGUAAAGAUGUGUCUAAUAUCACUACCGAAAGUGAAAGGUCAAAAAGUAAAAAUAACACCGAUAACAUUGUAGCUUCUAAUGAUAAUAAUCAAGUCAAAUUAAAAGCUAUAAGGCAUAUAGAAUCUGGAGAAAGAGCGUGGUGGAUGGACUCUGAUUCAGAGAAAAAAAAUACCAGUACAAGUGAAAAUCAGAAGUCACCUUCAGAGAAAAAUAUACCCAAGAAAAUAAGACAUAUUGAAUCGGGUGAGAGGGCGUGGUGGCUAGAACCUAAUGGUGAGAGCAAAAGCAAGAAAUUGCCUCCAACAAACGGUUCAGAUAACUCUGAUAACUUUAAAAUACAAAAGAAAAAUAAAUACGCAGAAGAUGAAAAACCAUGGUGGCUUGACAGCUGCGCAAACAUCCCAGAAGGCAUAGAGCGCUUGACGCCGCCCAGGAAAUCAUCAAGUGACAGUGAGAAGAGCGAAAAAUUCAACUUUUUCAAAGUGCGUCAUAUCGAAUCGGGGGAGCAAAAAGAUUGGUGGGCUACAAGUAAUGAGAACUCAAGUAAUAGCAAGCCUGAACACCUUAACAAUUUAAGCAAAUCUAAUUCGAAUCAAAACAGCUUGAGCAAAUCUGGUUCUUGUCAAAACAACUUGAGCAAAUCUGGUUCUUGUCAAAACAGCUUGAGCAAAUCUGGUUCGAAUCAGCCCAGCUUCCCUCUGCGACGCAUACGGCACAUAGAAUCCGGUGAACGACCGUGGUGGCUGGCAAGUGAUAAGAACAUUCCAGAAGGGAUCGAAAAGCUACCUACUCCGCCACCUCAAGAAGACAGUGACUCAUCGGAUUCGGACGAAGUACAGGUGUAUAUACCAUCCGCACAAAUUCCUCCUUUUCCAUUACACCUCGACGACGAGCCUUUGGGCGAUAGAAGAAGUCCAGAAGGCUUAGAGACGCCAAAAGAAACGGAGCAAUACGAGGGCCGUAUGUCUCCCUACGAGAACCAUCGGCAAUUUAGAAGAAGAGGAUCAGGAACGUCGUAUCAGAAGAGUGCGGACAAGUUCGUGUCGCGAUACACUGAUAUCGACGACAUUCUGGGGACGUCCGGUCAAAUAUACAGGCCAUUCAUGGACAGUAUAUUGGCCCGGCGAACGGGUCAGAUGCCAUACGAUGACGAGGUGUGCGAGGAGAUCGACCCGACGCAAGUGAGGAUCCACGACAGCACUGCCCAACGACCGGUCAUCAAGAAGCUUCGGAGCCGAAGCGAGAUCAUUGACUGCCGGGACGAAGACCAGUUGGACGACGCGACCCUGCAGGUGUUCAAAGAUGGCGACUACGGGCCGUACCUCGACCUGGACUCCACGCUCAACGAGCAAGACGAGGAGCUGGAGGGCCUGCAAGAGAGUCGGAAGAACGCAAUCAUUCUGCGAACGCAGCUAUCGGUGCGGGUGCAUGCCAUCAUUGAAAGGCUACUCCACUCCCAAGGGAGAGAGCUCCGGAGAGCGCUCUUUACUCUCAAGCAGAUCCUGCAAUCGGACAAGGACCUGGUUCACGAGUUUGUGGCCAACAAGGGCCUGGACUGCCUCAUGCAAGUCAGCAGCAUGGCCGACCACAACUAUUUGGAUUAUAUCCUGAGAGCACUUGGACAGAUACUUCUGUACGUUGACGGCAUGCACGGAGUUAUGGCCAACAAGCACUGCAUCCAAUGGCUCUACUCCCUCAUCUCCAGCAAGUUCCGUCACGUGGUCAAAACGGCACUCAAGCUCCUCCUAGUCUUCGUAGAAUACACCGAAAAGAACUGCCUCCUCCUCAUAGACGCUAUUAACGCCGUAGACACUUCUAAAGGCCGACAACCCUGGUACAACGUGAUGAAAAUACUCCAAGAUUUCGACGCCUCAGACACGGAGCUAUUAAUUUACGCCACAACGUUGAUAAAUAGGUGUCUGAAUAGCGUCCCCGAUAGGGACAUGUACUACGACCAGGUUGACUGCCUGCAGGACCAGGGGAUGGAUAACAUCGUGCAGUUGUAUAUGUCGAAACAAGGGACGGACUUGGAUCUGCUGAGACAGUUGCAGAUUUUCGAAGCCGUGCUGCUUUAUGAGGAUGGAGACGAAAGUGGAACGGCUUUAAAGCAACUAGAUGAGUCUGUGAUCAACUCUGUGCAUCGGCGAAGCCUAAACUUGAACACGUCAGACAGGAGAAAGUCCAAGAAGCAACAAAUGAAGGAAAAAGCCAAACAAGCCACCAACGCCGAACCCGAGCCAAGCAUAAGAGAGCCCAAACCACUGAACAACAUACGACCGCCCUUCCUACCCUCUAUACUCGACAACAAGGAGAACAAAGAACUGACUACAGCUUUAAAAAGAAGACGAGACCGCUUCGCGAGGCAAGCUCAUCACAUAACACAACAACGAGAAAUGCUAAAUAAUUCAAAUGGCUUCAGCGGUCUCAACGGGAAUCACACGAACGGCAGUUACUCUUAUGGGGACUACUCUAACGGAAAUUAUUGCAAUGGAAAUGGAAAACCCUACAGCAAUGGCAUCAACGGGCACCAAGAAGAAGAAGAGAAGCCCCAUAUAAAUAAUCUGUGCGAUAUGCUCAAAAACGGAAACCAAAGAUAUACAGCUGGACUGAAACAAAGAAUACAAAACGGCACCCUAGGCCACAGCGUGACGCCCGCAGACGCACUCACAGUCAUCCGUCAGAAGAUGGAGUUGCCCGUGGACACCAUGGACGACCGAGGGGUGUUACUGAACAGGGAGCACAGCAUCAAAGACCUGGCUCAACGCCUGACGAGCCCCGUUAGUCCAACCACAGAGGAAAAACUUUUGAGGGUGUCUGACAUGGCCGGAAUAGUGUCUAAAGCCAAAGAAGAGUUAGCUAAGUCCCAAUCAAAAGAGGUGAUAAAGACUCCAACAAUAGAGAAAACUCCAAAACUCCACGAAAUUAAAAUAUCAGAGAACGAUCUCCAUUGGGAAGAAUUGAAAAAGGGAUGUCUUAACAGGGAAUUCCAUCUCUGCGAUCUGGACUUCUCGGAUUUACGUCAGGACACUGACGACGAAAUGUCGUCGCCGGCUACCAACGCGGCCGGUAUCCCGCCUCCGCCCCCUCCAAGCAUGUUCCCUCUAGUAGGUGUCCCCCCUCCACCUCCUGGUUCAUUUCCACCAUUCACGAAGAGCGUUCCUGCUCCACCACCAAAGCAUUCACUCUCCGAGAUCUCAAACGAUUCAGAUAGUUCAACUAUCAAGAAGAACAAGAAGACUGUCAAGCUGUUCUGGCGAGAGAUCCAGGAGUGUCCGCCGCCGACGGUCAGGACGAAGAUCGGAGGGUUCAUUUGGGACGAUCUGCCGGAUGUGAAACUGGACACAGCGAUGUUGGAGCAUCUUUUUGAAUCCAGGACUAAUGACUUGAUAAUUAAGAAGCUAAUGGAACCAAAGAGGAACCUCAUACUAGAUGCGAAGCGAUCCAACGCUAUAAACAUAGCAAUGAAGAAGUUGCCCACCCCUCAGACCAUUAAGGCGGCCAUCAUGAAAAUGGACGCCACAGUGAUCGGCAGGGAGGGCAUUGAGAAACUGCUGACGAUGCUUCCGACUGAAGAGGAAAAGGUCAAAAUACAAGAAGCACAGUACGCCAAUCCAGACCUACCACUGGGCAGCGCAGAGCAGUUUCUUUUGACCUUGGCUUCCAUCAACGAGCUGUCAUCCAGGCUCAAGCUUUGGGUCUUCAAACUAGACUUUGAUAACUUAGAGAAAGAAGUAGCAGAACCACUAAUGGACUUAAAGCAGGGCAUAGAGCUGCUAAAGAUCAACAAGACCUUUAAGGUCAUCCUCUCCACCUUGCGGUCAGUGGGGUCCUUCCUCAACGGCAGUCAGGUCCGAGGGUUCCGGCUGGAGUACCUGUCCAAGGUCAUGGAAGUGAAGGAUACGGUGCACAAACAUCCAUUACUCUACCACAUUUGUGAAAUGAUCAUUGAAAAGUUUCCGGAUAGCACGGAUUUUUUUAGUGAGGUGGGUCCAGUCAUCAGAGCUUCCAAAGUGGACUUCGAUAUUUUAGCCGCCAACCUAUCCAAGCUGGAGUCCGACUGCAAAGCCUCCUGGGACCACAUGAAGCGAGUGGCCAAACACGACAGCUCGCAGAUCUUCAAGACCAAAAUCAACGAGUUCCUCACAGAUGCAGCGGAGAGGAUCAUACUCCUGACGAUAAUUAAGAAGAGGGUUAUGAGCAGGUACACCAAGUUCCUUCUGUUCCUGGGAGUCCCGGCAGUGGAUAUCUCCAAGACCAAGCCCUCAGAGUUCUUGAAGGUCAUCGCAGAGUUCGCCCUGGAGUACAGAACCUCGCGGGAGCGCGUGCUGCAGCAGUUGGAGAAGAAAGCUAACCACAGAGAGCGGAACAAAACUAGGGGCAAGAUGAUUAUUGAUGUGGCAAACUACUCCGCUAAGAACGGUGACCACACGGCCGACAACGCUCUAAAGGAACUCCUGAAGACCGAUCCAGACACGGACAGUCUCACCGACGGCCGUCGCAAGAUUCAGGUCAAUUCUAGAAGGAGCCUCGUCAAUGGAGACCUGUCUGCCGACGACGAGAUCAUAGAGAGUCUCGUGCGCUCCGCCACGACGAAGCGUAGGCCCGUGACCCGCGAGAGGCGGAAGAACCGGCUCUCCGACAAGAAAAACUUGAACAGAACGUUGGACGGGCAUUAGGAUAACCAGAGAAGUUCUGUAGGUUGCCGGCUUAAACUCAAGAUAGUCGAAUGGGGUUAAUGGUGAUAAAUUAAUUUCUAAAUUUAUUUAUUUAACUAGGGAACCUUGAAUCUCAUUUCUACUCAAUCGUUUAUAUCUAUAAGCAUUUCUUUUGCCUUUAUAUUAUUUAACUUCCUAAGUCUGUGUUUGUUUUGUGACUCUACGUGAUAUUGUUUUCAAAUGAAUGAAAUCGGUACGUAUUUAGGGUACCUACAGCAAAAAAGUAAUUUGACUCUUAUGCAUAAUUAUGUUAAUAAAAAAUCCAUAAAACGCAAUUUAAAUAGGAAAAGCUUCCGGUACUAAGAGAGUGCGAAAAACAUCACAAAUUUGAAGGGCCUUCGUAAGGAUAAUUAGUGAGAUUAGUCUGAUUAGGUUUUAUUAAUAUACCUACUCAAAAGCGAAAUAUUUAUUUAAUAUGUAGGUAUUUACUACCGCUUUUUUUUAAAAUCUUGAGUUGUAACAAUUCCCGUCAUUUUCGGUAUUUAUUGGAUAUUUUUAAUUUUCCCUUCGAGGAAAGGCAGCGAUAUCUAUAUAAAUUGAAAAUAUUUCGCUGAAUGUGUGUCUUACUUUUCUUACUUCUUACUUUUCUAAUUCUUUACCUGUUUACAUUCAUCUGUAUUUAUUUUCUGUUGUACCUAAUUAUUAUAUGUUAUGAUACGAGUAAUACUAUUAUAAUAUUAAAAAAUCAAAGAGUUGAAGUAAGUAAGUAAAUAAUACUACAUGUAGGGUAGUUAUUAGUGAUGUACCGACUAUUGAUUUGGCCGACUAGCCGACUAAUCGGCGCUCGAAUGGCCGAUUAGUCGGCUAGUCGGCCAGAUCAUUAGUUUCGUAUAAUUUAAGGUGAAAAACAAUAGUUUUGCUUCUUUGGUUGCGCUAUUCAACAUAUUAGCUUGGCUAAAAGGUUGUUCUCUACAGGUUCAAACACCUAUCACAAGAAUCCUGGUUCGAUUUCUGUCUUUCUUUUAUUUUGCGAUCCUGAGCUGACCGUCAGUACCUACAGCUUGUAGGAGGUAUUUCCAAGGCUCUAUUUCCCGUACGUAGUCGCUAGUUAAGAACCUAUCCCCUGUGGUCAGCGACUUUACGAGCAACGUGCCCUGUUUAUAAGUCUCAAAAUUUUGCAAUAGCAUUAACAGUUCCCCAUGGCUCCACCAUUAAAAAAAAAAAACAAAAACUGAAUAGUAAUAAAAUCAUUUAACUAUAGAACUUGGCCAUGAAAUUACACGAGAAUCAGUUGAGAUCGACCUGUAGAGGAAAACCAGCCCACCAACAUACGAUAACGAUCAAAUUGUCAAUUAUAUGAACAAAAGUUUCGUCUGCACCCUGAAUAGGUAUUUUGGUAAAAUAGACAUAAAACAUAUGGCAAAUAUUGACUAUUGAUUUCUUUUUUUUCUGUUUUCUUUCACUAAUAAAGUGCCGACUAAUCGGCCAUUUUUGCCGACUAGUCGCCGACUAUAAAUGUGGCCGGAUAGUCGGCUUUCCCGACUAGUCGGCGACUAGUCGGUACAUCCCUAGUAGUUAUAGGUACUAAAUUUAACUGCAGUAGGUAAUUUAUUUAAUCAUUUCUAAAUCUCUGAACAAUAUUUUUUUUUCAUGUGUAAAUAAAUAUGUGUACAUACGCAAAUUUUGAAUUAAAUUUAUUUUUAUCUUUUUGUACUUUUGAAACAUAUGUCUAUCGAUAAAAUUCCUUCUGGUGGUGUACCUACUAACCCCCUAUUACUUACUAAAGUUGACAAGCCGAUAAUAAUCGUUUGUCCCUUUC